UGAUGUAACUCCCUGGCAUGGACACCCCCGGAGGUAUGGAAGACCUGGCCAGCGUGUCCUUCGGCGACUUUGAGACAAAAUCCGCCGAAGUGGACGUACCUUGCUACCAAAACUUCCGGACACAGGCGAAUCAUGACAUCUCCUUGGACCUCUCGCUCGGCCAGAAGUCGGAGAAUAUCUUCGCCGUCGACCAGACGCCUACACCGACACGUCUUAUCAAGAAUUGCGACGAGGUUGGCCUCUUUGAGGACCUGCAGCACGUGAAUCCCUUUGACAUUGGCUUUCAGCGGGCUGCGGAGCAAAAUGUCAGCGGAACUCCCAGCCGUCCAGAGGCUCCGCCCCUCGACGGCGAGUCCCUGCAUACACCGCAGGUGUAUCCAUUAGAAGACUCCUCCACGGCGUCUGUUCCGCCUCGUAACCCAGUCAAUCGUAGUGACAGUUGCAGCAAUGUGGAUGUGGAGCAGCUUCUGGCCACCACAGGAAACAACCCUCCAGAGGUUUGUCAAGAUGGUCCACCACCGCUGCAAUUGAUUCAGCCCCAGGUCAUCACGUGGGUUCUGCCAGCCCAGACGGUUUCCGUUCCCCUUGACGCCGUAGAUUCGCACAAGGGUAAGCCCACAAGCGCCAUUCGCCCCUACAUACUCCCCAAACCCAGUGCUCAAGGAUCACAAGUAACCAGCAAAAGGCCUGAGCCUAUUCUCGUCACCUGCAACCCUCCUGGUCAUGAGCGCAGCAGCGCCAGCCUGACGCCCACUUCCCAACUGCCAAUCAAGGAGAGAUUAAAGGCCAUUCUGCACAGCAACAACAACAGAAGCAACUUCUCCACACCGCCCAAGGUUGCGAAAACGAAAGACGCAAGUAGGGACGAAGACUGCAUGGAGCGACGAAGGGCAGCAGCCUUUAGAUACCGCAACAAGAUGCGUAACGAGCAUAAAGAUCUGCGCAAACAGAACGCCCAACUACAGCAGGAGAACCAAGAGUUGCACGAGAGGAUUGCCAGGCUGGAAAAGGAGUUGCAGCAGCACAAGAGUCAUAGCCGUUUAGCUGGCGUGGUGGCCAACCAGCUACAGAUACCGCCGUCCAGCAUACACUUGCUCAUCAAUGUACCUAACAUUUUAGUGCCUUCAUCCGCCAGCAGUGCAAGUGCGGAUAAAAAGUAACCAACCGGUCUGUUUAUUCAUUUAUUUUCCGGUGCCAUGUAAAUAAUCCUAGCUUAGACAUUUAUUUGUACAAAAUGCGUGAAUUUGUUAUUUAAAUAAUUAAGAGUAAGUGCUCCUGUA